CCAAGCAUUUGUUACUAAAUAUUGUACGUUAUCUGGUAAAUAUCCGUCUAACUCCAAACAGUUUUCAUAUUAGUUUUAGCCUUCAGUCAGUCAGCGCGAGUAACGUUAACUUGUUACACUUCUUUUGGAAGGAUAUUUAACUAGCAUUUUGUUUAGUUGUUACACUAGUUUCGGUACAUUUUGAGCAUGGAAAUCCCUGGCUAUGAUAAUAAGGCAGCUCUGCAGCAGGUCAAUCAGUUUUGGUCGAUGUUAGAUGACAUGUCUCAGAAUAACCCGGAGGAGUACAGGACCUUCAUUGAACGCCAGUUACGGGAAGGAGCGGAGUUUCACUCACCGCCGCAGCCGCACGCCUGCAUCCGCACUGCUCUGCUGGGAUCAAAGGAAGGAAUAUUGUACAUUAACAUGUGCGGUUGGAAACGUGUACCAGCGCCCACUUCUUACAGUGAUCCCGUUCCUGUGUGUGGAGGACGAAUGGAGACAGUGACUGAGGAAAAUGAGCAAUACAGUGUUGUUGAUGUUGCCUUCAACCCUGAAGUUCUGCAGACUACAGAGAAAGACAAACAUGAGAAACAGAAGCUUCGCCUACUUGCUCUGAGCUUCAUCCAGCAGCAGCACAAUCUGAGUCUGUCCCAGCGCUAUAAACUCAACAAAGACAAAAUCAAAGGCAGAAUUCAGGAUAUGAAGCAGCGUCUCAUGUCACCACAGACGUGCGAAUCUUCUGCCAAAAACCCACAUUCUGAACCAGCCCCAUCACUCCUGCAGCAGAUCUCCUCACUGCGGCUGGCUGAGAGUAAUGAGGACUCAAUCAUCCAGCUGAACACAGAGCAGGAGAAGAAACCAGCCCGAUCAGGUCUCAUUGAGGUGAUCUCCAGCACAGAAUCAGACCAAUCGCAGCCACAACAGCCCAAGCAUCGUCUCACAGUCUGUCCUGAUGGCAGCGGCUCAUCUAGGAGCCUGCAGCUGAGUGUUGAGCUUCCUGGGGUGAGAUCUGUGUCACAGUGCCGGCUCAGCAUCUCUCAGGAUGAUAUUCUCCUGGAAGUAGAAGACCUUUAUUAUCUUCAUCUUCAGUUUCCUGAGUUGGUCAAGGAGGACACAUGCACGGCAACGUUUAAUAAGAAGAAACAGACUCUAAAUGUUACAGUGACUGUGUAAUGAGAACACUUAACUCUUAUUUAUCCAGAAACUGAAAAUAUAAACACUAUAGUUGUAUUACCGACUUUUGUCUCCAAGAUCAUUAAUCAUGCAAUGAAAUUCACGGUUACAUCAAUAAUUAUAUACAUCAUUUUUGGCCUCAACAGGUAUAUUUUAUU